AUUCCAAUUCGGAUUUCACUUGGGAAAAGGUCUGGUUAAAUAUGUGGAGCUUUCGCAUAUCCAGAUUAUUGUUCUCGUAAAUUUUCCUUUUAUUAUUUCUUUACAAUUAGCACUCUCGAUAUAAAACCCUAGCUUUUACAUCGCCGGAGGCCGUAUACGUCCUCUCUUUGCCGACAUAACUGUUCUCUAUCUCUCUCGAUCGAUUUCAGUCUCAGAAGCGCAAGGAUAUUCGGAAAUCGCCUCCAGGCAUAAACAGUCGAAGUUGUCAACGCAAAACUUUUUAUAUGUUCCAAGAAGCGCUUUACUAUACAAUUUCAAUUGGAUUGCUUGGCGAAUACUUUCCUAGGAAAAAGAAACAUAGGUUUUAUCGAACGAUUUGGCUGUUUGGAUCUACCGUUUUAUGAUUUUGAGCAUUAAGAAGAAGAAGAAAAUAUGGAGUCGCCGAACAAAAACAAGGACUUGCUCAACAUCGAUUCCGGCAACAGCGAUAACUUUUACCGAUACAAGAUGCCCAAGAUGAUCACCAAGAUCGAGGGCCGCGGAAACGGAAUCAAGACCAACAUUGUCAACAUGGUCGACAUCGCCAAGGCUCUGGCGAGGCCGCCGUCGUAUCCGACCAAGUAUUUCGGUACUCAGCUCGGAGCCAUAUCCAAAUUCAUCGAGAAAACCGGAACUUCACAGGUUAAUGGAUCUCAUGAGACUGCUAAACUGGCUGGACUUCUUGAAGUGUUCAUCAAGAAGUAUGUCCAGUGUUACUAUUGCAAGAACCCGGAGACGGAUAUCAUCGUUACCAAGAGUCAGAUGGUCCAGCUGCAAUGUAAGGCUUGUGGAAACAUCUCUUAUGUGGACAUGAGGGAUAAGCUCACUACCUUCAUCCUGAAGAAUCCGCCCAAGGCCGAAAAGGGAUCAUUCCGGAGAGCUGAACAAGAGCGUUUGAAUGAAGGGGAGUCUGCAGAUUUGGAGCAGAAAAAGAUGAAGAAAGACUCAAAGAAGAAGAUGGUUCCCUCCAGUAAUGAUGAUGAUCAUGGUUCAUCAUCUAGAGGCCGUAUGAAUGACGAAGACGACGAUGAUGAUGUUGAGUGGCAAAUAGACACAUCAUCGAAGGCUGCUAAACUUACUAUCAAAGAACAGUUGAAUACAGUAACUGCUGAUAUGGUUAUGCUUACAACUGAUGAGGGAACAGAUCGCAAGUCAAAGGCAGCAGAUAAUAAUAAACCUCGUGGAGGCCGCCAGAAAGCUACUUCACCUGAGAAGAUUCUUCAGGAUGUAAAAGCGAUUUUGAAGAAGGGAGUUGCUUCUGCAGACCAACUGAAGUCGGCGUUAGCAUCCGUAUCCGGUUCCCCUCAGGAAGUAAUGUCUGCUCUAUUCGAGGCCCUUCUUGAUGGUGUGAAGAAGGUUUUCCGAAAAGAGGUUCUGAAGAAAAAGGAUUACUUUGCUGUUGCUGUUUCCCAGGAUGAAAAUGGACAGUUGCUACUUCUUCAUGCAAUUGAGGAGUUCUUUUGAAGCUGAACAACUCAGCUGCCGUGAAGGAAGUUGCGUUGGUUCUGAAAGCCUUGUACGAUGAAGAUAUCUUGGAGGAAGAGUGCAUUUUGAAGUGGUACCAGGAAGGUCUGGCAGCAGAGGCUAACAAAGAUUCCUCAAUUUGGGAAAACUCCAAACCCUUCAUUGAAUGGCUUCAGAAUGCUGAAUCUGAAACUGAAGAUGAGUGAUUCGUUUCUUGUUUUUGUUUGUUUAUUUAUCACAUUACAAAAGGUUUGAGACUUUUGGGGAGAAUAAUACUAUGAAUGAACUAUUUAUGAUUUAUUAUUUAUGGGAUUGAGG